UUGAACGGAACGUUCGAUGUUUACAUGAUAGCUGUGGUAGGGUCACAGGCGGUGUAUGAAAGUUUCGACAAAAUGAAUAGAAGAUGACCCCUAAAAAGUAGCUUCUACUCAAUUGUUUGACUCGAUAUAAUCGGGAAAAAAAGAAUAAAAAAGAAAGAUGGAAGAAGAAAAGAUAGAAUCCCAAGAAGUCGAUACUGACAGUGCUAAUCCAGAGAUUAAACCAGAGGAAACAGAACAAACUGAAACAAAAAUCAAAGAUGAUGAAACAGCUUCUGAGAAAGCUGUUAUCGUGUCUGAGGAAAUUACUGUUGAAGAAGGUGCACUUAAAGAAACCGUCAAGGAUGCUGAUCAGUUAAGUGACGUUAAAUCGACCAAUCUGGAUGAAUCUGUGUCCAGACCAGAGAGCCCAGCAAAGACUGCAUCAAGCCGACCAGGGAGUCGCUCAAGUCGAGGGAGAAAGUCCCCUUUGUAUGACGAAGCUGAGAGCAGUGUUGGGCGACAGAGUCGUGCAAGUGGGGAGGCUGUAUUUGAGGCACGCAGACGAGGCAAAAAGGGACCGUUACCUCCAGAUGCUCAUAAAGUGACUUUUACAAUAGCUACUGCUUUAGCAGUACCAACAGUCGAAGAAACACAAGAAUCUGACAUAGGUUCUAUGUCAGGUGACCAAUCCAGACAAGCUGAUGACGAAGACAUGCCAGAUUUCACAGACCUCGUGCGACGCAAAAAGCGCAUUGUGGAGGCACCGCGUGCCCAGGGUUACUACCACUGCGAGUAUUAUCUGAUGCCUGAUGAUGACGAGCCGGUCAGGAUUGAUGUUGUCACUUACGGGAUGGCCGCUAAGAUCUACCCGGAGAACCUGGACGCUAAGGUGGUCAAGACGUGGCAGGACGGGGAGCAGACAUGGGUGGCCUGGACCUUAAAGCACACCAUGUACCUGACCAAGGACUCCCUGUUGAAGCUGUACAACCACACCAUGGAGCUCAGGAUCUGGGACACCAAGGACAAACUUGGCAUGAGAGCCAGAUAUGACAGACCAAAGGCUUUCAAGCUUCCCACAGCCAAACCAGGUACCAGUCCAGAUGAUAUUGGAGGGGUAAAGCAGCUGGUGAUGAAGCAGUCCAACAACUACCUGAAGCUUCAACCCAAGAAGCUGUACUUAGACCGUCCCUUGCCUUCUCAACCUGAGCUUAGGGCCGAGUGGAGAGAGAGCAGACUCAUGAAGAUGGAGAAAGAGAAAAACAGGAAGAACAAAGCUGCCAGAGACAGGGACCAAGUAAAAGACCAGCAGCAACCAGUGCAAGCUACAGGAAAAGUUGAACUGUCUGUGACUAGGGCUGCUUCUCCUGCCAACACCAACACCAGUGCAGUCACACCUAGUGUGCCUGUCCCCCAGCAGGGGGCAGCACCCACAACACAAGCCGGGACACCUGGGACACCUUACACACUGGUGUCUGUGAAGAAUGAGGAAACAAAGGAAGAUGAGAACCAAGAAAUGAGGUCAUACAGCCGACUGGGCAGGCUGGCUGGGGUGGACUCUCCCUCCGCUGCUAAAGAGCUGAAGAAACAGAGCCCAAAGAAACCCAGGGGCAGGGUGUCCAAGAGUGGACAUGCAGGGGAGAAGGAAGAGCCCAAGG